AGAGAGAGAGAGAGAGAGGGGCGAUGGCCGCCGAUGGAGUAUGCGGGGAAUCGAUGGAGCAGUACCGGGUCGAGUUGGAGCGGCUCACCCAGGAACUGGCCGAGGCGAACCGGGAGAAGAUCAGGGCGGCGGAGUGCGGGCUGGUGGUCCUGGAGGAGAACCAGGUGCUGAAGCAGCGGUACGCGGACCUGGAGAUCGACCAUGACGCGCUCCGCAAGGAGUUGGAGCAAAUGCAGGAGGCAUUCGGCCAGGCUUACAGCAACCAGCGUAAGGUGGCGGAGGACGGGGAGAGCAAUGAGGAGACGUUAUUAAAGGAGUCGGCCUCCAAGGAGGCCUACUACAUGGGACGUAUUCUGGUGCUGCAGACGGAGGGGACACUGAGCCGCACCGUGGCGUCCAAUGCGCAGGCCGAGAACGAGAGGCUCAACGCACUCUCACAGGAGCUACGGGAGAGUAACGAGAUGCUGGAGCUACAGAGGAGCCGAAUGAGGGAGGAGGUUAAGGAGUACAAGUUCAGAGAGACCAGACUGCUUCAGGAUUACACCGAGCUGGAGGAGGAGAACAUUACGCUGCAGAAACUGGUGUCUACGCUCAAGCAGAGCCAGGUGGAGUAUGAGGGACUAAAACACGAAAUCAAGGUGCUGGAGGAGGAGACUGUUCAGCUCAACAGUCAGCUGGAAGACGCAUUGCGUCUGAAGGACAUCUCUGAGGGUCAGUUGGAGGAGGCCUUAGACGCCCUGAAGAGUGAGCGUGAGCAGAAGAACAAUCUGAGGAAGGAACUGGCCCACCACCUCAGCCUGAGCGACAGCGUCUACGGAGCGGGCGCCCAUCUGGCGCUCACCGUCACCGGUGUUAAGGGCCUCAAGUUCCCAGAGGAGACCAACGGCAGCGCCGUUCCCGCCGCCAACGGCAACAAUGAGGACACCAACCGGCGGAAUGACCACGUUCACACGGGCACCGGAUCGGGUAAGAUGAAUGGGGACUACCGACCGGGGAAUCGGAAAGGAGAAGGCCUGCACCCCGUGCCGGACUUGUUCAGUGAGCUCAACCUGUCCGAGAUGCAGAAACUCAAACAGCAGCUGCUGCAGGUGGAGCGCGAGAAGUCGGCGCUGCUCAUGAACCUGCAGGAGUCGCAAACCCAACUGCAGCACACGCAGGGCGCCCUGACCGAGCAGAACGAGCGGGUCCAUCGCCUCAUGGAGCACGUCAACGGCAUGAAAAGCCUCAACGGGGACAAAGAGCUCGCCGACCCGCGGGACAGCAAGAAGCCUGACGGCCGUUCCUUCUCACCGCCGGCCAACGGCCACCACGAUCCCGACAUCCACGGCCUCGAGAUCCUGGAGUGCAAGUACAAGGUGGCCGUGACGGAGGUGAUCGACCUGAAAGCCGAACUCAAGGCCCUAAAGGAGAAGUACAACACGGCUGUGGAGGGGCAGGGGGACAGCCACGGUGACGACAGGGUCCCGGCAUUGAAUGAACAGGUGACGCAUCUGGAGCGUUGCUACCGCGAGAGCAGGGUCAGGGUGACCAACCUUGAGGCCGAGCUGCGAGCGGCCGCCAGCGCGGCCGCGGAGGGCCAGGGCCUGCUGAACGCCGCACAGGACGAGCUGGUGACCUUCAGCGAGGAACUGGCGCAGCUCUACCACCACGUGUGUCUGUGCAACAACGAGACCCCCAACCGCGUCAUGCUGGACUACUACCGCCAGAGCCGCGUGACGCGCGGCGGCAGCCCGAAGGGCCCCGAGGACCACCGGGCGCUGCUCACGCCUCGCCUGGCUCGCCGCCUGGCCGCAGCAUCGGCGGCGUGCUCCUCCGAUCCCCCGCGCAGUCCCGUGGACUCCGCCCGUCACAAUGAGACGACGGCCCACGUGGUGGACUCCUGUCACGGCAGCCCCGCCCGCAACCCGGCGGGCUCCCCGGCCAUCGCCGCCUCUCCUUGCCCGUCUCCGGUGCCCUCCGAGGCUGGAGGGGACCUGCGGAAGGAGCCCAUGAACAUCUACAACCUGAACGCCAUCAUCAGGGACCAGAUUAAGCACCUGCAGAGGGCUGUGGACCGCGCGCUGCAGUUGUCCAGGCAGAGGGCGGCGGCCAGGGAGCUGGCGCCCAUGCUGGACAAGGACAAGGAGAUGUGCUUGGAGGAGAUCCUCAAACUGAAGUCCUUGCUCAGCACCAAGAGAGAGCAGAUAGCCACGCUCAGGCUGGUGCUGAAGGCCAACAAACAGACAGCAGAGGGGGCACUGGCUAAUUUGAAGAGCAAGUACGAGAAUGAAAAGAUGAUGGUGACGGAGACCAUGAUGAAGCUGAGGAACGAGCUGAAGGCUCUCAAAGAAGAUGCCGCCACCUUCUCGUCUCUCAGGGCAAUGUUCGCCACCAGAUGUGACGAGUACGUCACACAGCUGGACGAGAUGCAGAGGCAGCUGGCGGCAGCAGAGGAUGAGAAGAAGACGUUGAACUCCCUCCUGCGCAUGGCCAUUCAGCAGAAGCUGGCGCUGACCCAACGGCUGGAGGACCUGGAGUUUGACCACGAGCAGAUCCACCGCGGCCGGGGCGCCAAAGUGCCCAAGAUUAAGAGCAGCCCGCCCAAAGUAAGUGGCAGAGGCGCCUUCACGGCUCCCUCCAGUCCCAUCAGGGUACACAGCCCCUCCAUCAUCACCACCCACCUCUCCCAGACCCCGAGUAGUCCUCCCUCUGUAGAACUAACCGCCUGUCCGGCCAUGUCCGCGUGGACUUCGGACCCCAAGCCCGACAUGGCCGACCCCGAGCGGUUGACCUUAGAGUUCAGACGGCUCAUUUAUUCGAGACGAGACAUAGGGCGACCGUCCCCGUCCCACAGCGUCGGUGGCCCCGGCUCAGUGUCUCCUCACGUUCGACGGAGGCGGUGACCGCGGCAACAUCCCCCCACACGCAGCGGCAAAAUCCACCAUGCACGCAGCUCGCAGAAGCCCCUGGAUUGUAUGGGACACGAAGGGGAGGGGGGUCCCUGGUUUUCACAUGUCCGUGGUUUGAAUAUGCGGCGACACUCGCUCCAUCGGCAAAUCACCACUCAGCCCUUUUCGUAUCCUUAAGGUCGGACCGUGGAUGCUUUUUUCUAAUGAACUUUAGGAAUGUGACAGGCUUCCCUCUCGGCGUCUGAAUAGCGGCUAGUUUAAACCAACUCCCACCAAACGGCUGCAGCCCCUCACUUCAGUGCAGCGUGACUCGCAGCGCCCCCCUGUGGCAGACUCUAUUAAUAAUGUGUUAUAAUAUUUUAUAUUUUACAUUUAUUUAAAUGUCAUUUAACUGCUCUAUUCCCUAAACUCCUGUGUGUUGUAAAUUACAUUUUCUCAAAAGUUUUAUUGCAUGUCUAUUUGUCACACCUAACGUCAUGUCAAAAAGCAUCAGAGAAGGUUGAAGUGUGCUACUUGGUGUCCUGAGUGAUGUGGAAACAAGUCAGACCUCCUCUCUGUGUCUCAACCCGCGCAUUUCACUUUGUCCACACCCCCCCCCCCCCCACCCCACCUGGCCCAUUUAUACUAUCCAAGAUGAAGAGCACAAGGGUAGAAACUAUUUCUCGAUACACCUGAUGACAGCGUUUGAGUAUAUUUCUAUUCUUUGCUGUCAAAUGCUGUUUAACUCUCUCUCUCUCUCCAUCAAUCCUUUGUCCUACCUCAGAUAAUCAUUGAGUGCAUAGCAAAAGCGAAUAGUUAAUUUACAACAUUUUAAGAUAACACAACGCCAUAUAAACAACGUUUAAGUGCAACAGACAAACAUGACUGGUGGAGUUCAUGAAUAUAAUUGACUAGCAGGUGUUGUGGAGUUCAGCUGUACUGGAUUAUUUUUGUUCUCUCCUUUUUGUGUACUAAUCAAUAUGAUAUUGGAUUUUCAAGUGUGCGUGAGUGUGUGUGUGUGUGUGUGUGUGUGUGUGUGUGUGUGUGUAAAUAUGUCCAUAUUUGUGUGUCUUGCAAGCUGGUCCUUUCAACGUCAUCAAAUGAGUCAAACCAGUUUAGUGACCUUCAAACUAUGCAGCCGUGUCCCGUGAAUGUCAGGCGCUCUCUCGUUGACGUUGUGAAACACUUGAUUUCCACAGCAUGAGAGAAACCAAAUGAGGAUGAUCAUGUGUAAACGUCCCCCCCGACUAGACCUUCCCCUGUGUUGUCUUCCGUUGUCUAACCCGGAGUGUCCCCACUCUGUGCAUUUGUCUAAUUUAUCAGUUUCUUGUAGAUUGUCAGCAGCCUGCUGCCUCAGUACCGUCACUCUCCCCACAACUAAGACGAGGGAGAGCCUCCCUAGCCCGCAGGUAACCAGCCGCACAACCUGCCAGAAGUGGGCUCAUCGACAUCCGUCCACGUGUCCGUCCACCCGCCACACGCCAUCACAAACACGGCGUUCACAUUCUAUUCAGCGCGCACGUCUUCUGUUGAAUAUCUAGAAGAUGGAUGUCCCGAACUCUCUCCGUUAAUUAUUUAUGAAUAGGAUGUGGAGUUUUGCAUGGUAGGGUUCUAUACCUUUUUUAACUGGAUAUAUUUAGUCACAAUUCUCACUUCAAAAAUCAACCAUGAUAUUAAACUUAGUGUGUAGUUGUAGCAUGUAAAGAUCUAAGGCCAUUUCUUGGUUUUAGCGUUGCUGCUCAGCCAACCUUUUGUUCGUUCCUUGUUUCCUUGUGGUUUUAAAGGAAUAAGUUUCACCUUUUGGGGAAAUAUUUUGGGUUGGGGGGGCAAAGAAAGCAACUAAGUGUUUCACCAAAAAAGUUGAACUUUUCCCUUUAAUAAAAACCGCCGCCAGCUGUUUUGCCCUCAUCACACAUGCUGCAUUUCUCUUUGUUUCUCGGUUUGCUGCCACCUCGUUCUUCCAACAACUGUUCCCGUGUCUCAUUCCCCCUCCUCUCUUGUCUCUCUGCGUUCUUACAGUCCUAAAUUGUUGGCAGAACUCCAGCGACACGGCACAGUCCUGUCCGGUAGCAGUAGUCUCCUCUCCCCCUGCGUCCCUCGUAGCGGUCCGGCCCAGCAACCGCGGCCCCCCCGGCACCUGACCUCGCUGCUGCAGGCCAGACUCUGGCCAGAAGGAGUCACGCAGAGACGGAGACACUAUGGAUGGGGGUUCCUUGAAUAAAAUGUCCUUCAAACUAGCGGGUCAGACAAGGUGCUUCUUGGACUUGGGUUAUUUUAUUACAUAAAUAUUGUUUCUUGUGAUGGUGGUGGUGAUGAUCGGUGGACUACCUUUCUUACGGUACUAGUCUUUCCUAUAGGUUGGUUGGGCUUUUUUUAUACUGAGAUUGUGAGAUUUGUGCAAAUAAAGACUAUUUUAUACCUCCUAUUAUUUGUAUUAACCUUUAAAGCCGACUCUAGCGACGUGGUUGCGUCCGUCAUGGAGCUCAGGUCUCUUCAGAGACGGAGGUAGAUGAGAAACCGAGUGUUUGAGAUCAGGGCCUGGGUUGUUUUUGUUUGUUUUUUCCUCUUGAAUUGCACAGGUUUAAGUAAGUGAACUGACCUGAAUCUUUUCAACAUUAAUUAAAAGCCGACGGUUCCCCAAAGGUGAACCUCUUCACCGGUUACUGUCACUGUCAUGUCAACACUGUAUUCUCCCCAUAAAGCUUUAACUCUUUCACUGUAUUGGUUACGACUCCCAAAAAACGUUUAUCAUCACCCCCAUCGACUCGUAUUGAAGGUGGCAGGAUUUACAUUUUCUACAUCCCAGGCUACACGUUUCUCCUCCCUGCUCAGCUGUCCCCCACCUAUACUUCCUUCAAAACAGUAUGCAGUUCAGUCCAAGCACAAUUAUGCACUUUGCAUUAUAGCAAUAUGUAAAUUCCGGUCGUAGAUUGAUAUUAUAUCUUUCAACCAUUUCUGCCACCAUGAACUAACCAGCAAGCUCACAAGAAGCGCGCGGGUGUCGCAGAGACGCAAUCGAGAUUGUUUCUUUUUGAAACACUGUUCCCAACAACAUCGCGGAAUGGUCUGAUUUAGAAAGUAUCACCGAUGGAUGUAAUAUGUGUGAGUUUGUGGCAUAAUUGUAUCAUUUCUCAGUCUCUGUACACUCUUUUAAAUGUCUUUGAUGUUGUUAUUCUCCUUACUGCACUGAAUACUUAAAUACUGAAUACCUGAUGGAUAUAAAAUGGAUAAACUGAAACCACAUAGUCAGUAUAGUGUUGGAAUGACAGAUAAAAGCCUUUUUGUUCGAUCAACAAUGAAUGAGUGCUCGUUUUUUUCUCUUUGCAACUCUGGAGUGAUGCAAAUAUGUUUGGUUCAGAAGUAGCUUAUGAACGCACGCCGGCCCAUUGGUGACCUCUUGUUUGCACAAUAGAGCAGUAGACGGAAAGACUAAUCCAGUGAAAGAAAUGAAAGGUCUAAAAAGAACAACAGCUGUACUACAGUUUCUCCUCCAUUUAAGACCAUUUAAAAUUGAUUACUAUUACGAUUACUAUUACUAAAUAAAAGACCUGUCCUUCGA